UAAUAUCUAGAACUUACCACGGGCAAUAUCCCUGACAAUUCGACGCAAAGACAGACCAUGGUCGCCCUAUACACAAUCUCGAUCAUACCAACCAGUUGGGGAUUAUUAGCUAGAUGUCCACUCAUUUUUCACAAACUCCCAUUCACCGUGGAAACAUGAUAUGCUUACCACACCGCAAGUUCCAAUUGCUGUAUGUGAGGCCCGCUGAGUUAGGGUUUUUUUUUCCGCCCUCAGCUCCUCUCUUCGACCGGUAAAGCUUGGCUCUGUUUGAGAACAGUCCCAUAUGCACUAGUCUGGUCGGCACCGCUUGCAUUAAACUCGAGGUGCAUAGUUCCAGGAUUAGUGGCAACUUUUAUUGACAAUGUCUCCUUUUUCCUAACCUCUCGAGUGGCAGCAAAGUCAUUGAGUCUGAACGGUCUCCUCAUCUAAACCCAUAGUCUGGUGGGUGAAGGAUCACACAGUACCUAACCAAAAGUAAAAGUACUUCACCCUGCAACAUGGCUAAUAAAGCAGAAAGAGUCUCUGAGUGGAGAAGAGUAUAUUUAUUAAACACUAAUCCAGGAAAGGAUAGUAAAAAUAAUGAUCUGCUGCGGCGAAUGUAUGAACUAGUUAGUGCUCGAGAAUUAUUUAGCAAGCCACACUUCCAAAACAGUAGAUUGAUGGAGAAACGCGAUUGUUUGUUUUUUUGUUCUGAGCGGCGUUUAAAUGUCUGAACUUUAAAAAUAAAUGUUUUGAAAGAAAGAAAGAUGGUGGAAAGAAGGACCCUGGAGCGUUUUCAAUAAAUAUGAAUCCGAAAAUUGUCAAAACAGGCUCUAAGGAAAGCAGGAAAUCAAGGGGUGUCAUUGUUGAUACCUCAGUUCGCAAAAUAAAAACAGGCGGCCAAGUAGUUGUGAUAUUUUACACGAGUGACUAGUAAAACUGGAAAGCUUUAUCAUAAUUCCUUGUUUUGCUUUACUUGGAAUCUUCAAGAGUACAAAAUUGCAUUACAAAGAUUUACAGAAGGGCCAGUGUUAAAUCUGUGGUGGCAAAAUGAUUUAUGUUACACGAUACUUUGUGCAUUGCAAAAUAACUGCUUUAUGCAAAAAGACUCGCAUUUUGCAAUGUAACUGUAUUUUACAAGAAGACUUUAAUGUGUCUGCACUUUACAUCGGACCUCGUGGCCUUCGUUGAGAGGCAACAAUGCGACAAUCAGCUUGGGAGUUUCUUUCAUUUUAAUACUGCGUUGUUAAAUCUUCUAUCUAUUAAAGCUCAGUAAAAUAUGCUUCAAUUAUCAACCCCGAAUUUUCCCUUUGUAGAGAGGCUCACGUCUGACCUUCCUUCCUUCAGCUUACGAUUUCUUACGUGCUUUGGAACAUAGGGAAUAGCGAUCAAAUAUAUCUUACAUGCCACCCGAGCGAGUAGAGUAUUUGGAAACAAAAAAAAAGCACGUCUUAGGCAAACCAAAACAAUGUAUAUUUUUCAGUUGGAAUUUCCUAAUUAGAUUCUAAGGAUUUGCAGCUGACAUUACACUGUAGUGUUUCUCUCACUUUGUCCCAAUCAAAUUAAAAUGGGGAGACGCGGCAUCACCUUAACAUUGAUUUGGAUUUAAUCGGCCGGUGAUUUGGAAGGAGGCUCGCUCUUUCUUUUCGCUUCCCAAUCAAUCCUCAAUUUGGUUCGUUAGGUCGAAAGAAUGAUUCAACACGGAUACCAUAUUGUCACAGGUGUUAAACACACAACAAAAACGACGAGGGGAGUAGGAUAGUUUCUCGGCCAUUAUUCCCAAUGUGUAGGGAGGUGGGUUGAACACAAUAAAACAGUCACAAAAAUACUUACAACUUCAUGGUCUGAAUUUUCGAACCAUUCUUUCGACGCAUCGGAUCUACGUACGCUGGUUUUUAAGUGCCCCCCCUUUGCCGCAACAAAAUGCUUAAGUUGCAUAAAUUAGGUUGUUGUACAAAAGAGAACAACCUCCACUCUCUCUCGCUUUGACUGUGCGCCCUGGCGCCUUUUCUUUCGUGGAGCGAAGAGCUCCUUUAGGCAGCAUUCAGCAUUCAGCCUGUGAGUGCAGGCCAGGAGAAGAACUGAUGGGGAACAACACACUCCCGUGGUACCCUCCCUCCCCAAGAAAAUUGGAUAGGUAUUAAUGAGUAAAACUCAAUUAUUGCUUGUGAAAGUUCGCAAGUUCAUGUUGCUCAGAGAAAUGUCAUGAUUGGGUAAAUCUGAUUUCUAUCAACAAGUCUUGCAUUAGAGCCAAGAAGAGCUCAGAAAGUAUUUAAUCAAGUUUUUUUUUUGUUGGCAUCGCGUUUAUCUUGAUAUGGACCUAUCUAUAUUUACCCUAAUUAUCUUGGUGAAGAUGUCAAACGCUAUUGUUUGCUCGUUUGGAGCGACGCUCCUCCCCCGGGGCUCUGUCGUAAACCUGGCGCCUGGCUAAAGUAAAUCAAAGAUAAGAGGACAGAAUCGAGGCUUGCCUCUUCCAAACCGAUCAAUCGCAUCUCAGGCGGACUCCAAACCCCCUCUUACAUCAUCAGCCACAAGAGGAGCGAGAGAGGGAGAGCGCACACAGUUGAUCCUCUCGACAAUUUUACCUGCACUGCCCGCUUGCUCAAUCAUGUCGUUGAGCCCAAAGCACACAACGCCUUUUUCAGUGACAGACAUCCUGAGCCCGAUCGAGGAGACCUACAAGAAGUUUGGUGCCAUGGACGGCACUGGCAACAUGGCACCUCCUCUGGGAGGUUACCGCCAGCCGCAGGUCUCUCAGGCUGCGAUGCAACAGCACAGUAUGGGUCACAACGCCACGGUGGCGACCACCUAUCACAUGCCGCACGGCGUGUCCCAGUUCUCUCACGGUGCCAUGGGAGGCUACUGUAACGGGAGUAUUGGCAACAUGGGGGAUCUCCCGUCUUACCAAGAUACCAUGAGGAAUAGCGCCGCGGCCACCGGCUGGUACGGCUCAAACCCCGACCCCAGAUACUCAACAAUAUCCCGUUUCAUGGGGACCUCCUCUGGAAUGAACAUGGCGGGAAUGGGGGCUCUGACUGGAAUGGGAGACGCCACCAAACCGAUGGCACCUUUGCACGCUACACCCAGGAGGAAAAGAAGGGUCCUGUUCUCCCAGGCUCAGGUCUACGAGUUGGAACGGCGCUUCAAGCAGCAGAAGUAUCUGUCCGCUCCAGAAAGGGAACAUCUCGCCAGCAUGAUCCACCUGACGCCGACACAAGUAAAGAUCUGGUUUCAGAACCAUCGCUACAAGAUGAAGCGCCAGGCCAAAGACAAGGCGACGCAACAGAUGCAGCAGGAAAACAACCUGUGCCAACAGCAACAGUCUCCCAGGAGAGUGGCCGUGCCGGUCCUGGUUAAAGACGGUAAACCGUGUCAGAACGGCUCGGGUACCCCGGCCGCCAACCAAGCAAGCAACCUACAGCAGCAACAAGGCGCUAACGGGAUCCACCCCGUCGCCAGCACCGCCAUAUCACAGCAGCAGAGCCAACAAGUGAAUUCACUCGCUCAACCUCAAGACUUAGGCCAGGUGUCGCCAAACUCGACGUCCCUCCACAGUUCGGUGACCAACAUGUCUCAGAUGGACUCGGCUACUGCGGACUACACGGGGAGUAUGGUGAAUCCUAACCUGCUCUACGGCAGAACCUGGUAAACCCCCACCACCACCACCGGGUACAAAACAGGCUGGAGACAGGUGAGACAUUGCUUAUAAUGUUUGAACUGGCAAACUUUGCCGCAAGUCCUCCUAACUUUUAUUCCCGGAUGUGCGGACCUGAUUCUGGGCUGAAAUAAAAAAACCCGGAGGACAAGUGGUCUGAGGACAACACAGGAAAAACAAUCGCUGUAAAACAAAAAGCCAGAUAAUUUCAAACACUAUCUGUGAUCUCUCGGAUUGCUCAGACAACUUGCAAUCACAGAUUGUUGAAGGGGACUGUGAAACCUUGUUAAAUUUUCGGGUGAAUCGGCUUCGGAGAAGCAGCGAGGUUGCAGGUAGAACGAUCAGAGCAGCCACGCACCAGGCCGCCGCUACCAGAACACUGACUCUACUAAUGUAUUUGAGAAUAUAUGGCGAAUUUAACUAUUCAUUCUUGUAAAUCAACCUCCGGAGUUUGCAGUCCGUUCAAAGUAGUAGUUUCAGGACUGAAUAUCGACCCCUCUGUGUUUUAAUGCCGGUGACACUUGGAGUUUCGCGAAUUUAACAUAAAGAAGUCUGGUGUAUGUUUUUUUUUUAAAUAUUCAGCGUUAACUCUUUCACGUAUAAAUAACAAAUAAAUUUAAUGGAUGUGCUUGAGGGCGAUUUCAUUCGGUUUUUAUUGAUAGCAAAUUGAGCUGUAAUUUAUGAUAGGUGUGUUAUAGCAUACAGUAAGCAAUUUAAAAGUGAUAAUGUUAGUGUGUAUUCUGGCGGGGUGAGGGGAGACCAGGAUUAAAUGGUAUGAAACAAAAAGGAUAUUUUGCAUUAAUUUUCCCACACUGUCGGCUUGACCGUAAACAGAAUAUGCACAUACACUUGGCGGGGAGUUUUUAUCUGCAAUAACGUGGAUAGGAAGUUCGUGCUUGUCUCGAGUUGGUCGCCAGGCUUAUGUGACUAACCACCCUCUUUAACUGUUACAUUACCAUCCGGAAUCUUGGUUGAUACCAGUAAAAAGCUAAAUGUUUAGGAGGCAACUGGCCAAACGCAAACUGGAGGAACAGCACUUCAUAUUUCGCUAGGGCAGCUCACAACCCAGCGGUAUGAAUUUCUCUCAUUUCAAGUAACUCUUGCAUCCUCUCUCUCCGUCCCUCCCCCACCCUAGUCGUCGCACUAGUUUGAUUGUCGUCAUGUUGUGUCUAUACACUGUCUAUACAACUCGUUAUCACCCAGCACACAGCCAACAAUGGAUCAUUGUGGGCAUCGUUACUUUUUGCAUACUUUUCAUUCAUUUGUGCUCGAUCUCUCUAUAUCGCCGUCUAUAUCUCUUCUUUCCCUUUCUCCUGACUCUC